GGCCGUUUAGUCGGUGCUUAGACGCCGAGGCUGUUACAUCGGGCAUUGGACAAAUUACAAAGCAGGGGGAGGGGGGGAUAGUGUAAUCCACCUCCAUCCUCCGACUAGGACUCCCUUCCGCCCCCGGAAGCUCGUAUCCGGAGAGAGCGGACCGAGCCCGAUCCGACGAGGCUCAAGGUGCUCAGAGGAGAGUCUCAUAACCUGAGCCAGCCAGAGGGAACAUAAAGAAAAGACCCUUAAGAGGCACGUUUCGCGGGGAGCCAGGAGGAACCAUCAUACUCAAUGACCUUACAGCGCAAUGUCAGAUCGUUUGGGGCAAACAGCAAAGGGGAAGGAUGGAAAAAAGUAUUCAUCGCUCAACCUGUUUGAUACAUACAAGGGCAAGUCCUUAGAGAUCCAGAAACCCACAGUCACUCCCCGCCAUGGCUUGCAGAGUCUCGGUAAGGUUGCCAUUGCCCGGCGCAUGCCACCCCCUGCGAACCUGCCAAGCUUAAAAGCGGAGAACAAAGGCAAUGACCCCAACGUCUCACUAGUGCCGAAAGACGGGACAGGAUGGGCAAGCAAGCAGGAACAGCCAGACCCAAAGAGUACCGAUGCCUCGACAGCUCAGCCGCCGGAAUCGCAGUCACCGCCGGCUUCACAGACAUCUGCCUCAAACCAACCGAAACGACCCCAAACAACCCCCGAGAAUCCCCCUACAGUACCAAGCGGGGUAAAGUCCUGGGCACAGGCCAGCGUUACCCAUGGAGCACAAGGAGAUGGUGGAAAGGGAUCAAGCCUACUGUCGCGAUUCUCUCGCGAGGAAUUUCCGACCCUGCAGGCGGCUGGCGACCAGGACAAAGCUGGCAAAGAAAAGGACACUACCGAUGCGUCGUAUGGGCCCGGACCAAACCUCCGCCCCCAGAACGCAACCAGUUGGCGGGAUGGAGGCGGGCGGGGCACUGACGGGGAGCUGGUGCCUGAGGAUGGACGGGCUGGGGUCGGCAUGCAGCCCAAUGUCCCGCCUCAGUUUCCUCCAUACCGGGGGAUGAUGCCGCCAUUUAUGUAUCCCCCAUACCUCCCCUUCCCACCUCCAUAUGGGCCACAGGGACCGUACCGUUAUCCCACAGCAGAGGCACAGAGGUUUCAGCGGCUCCCAGGACCCCGCCCCUCACAACCUCCAGUGCGCGUGACAGAGACUGUGAGCCGGCCACCUGUCCUCAAGCAGGAUGACCUAAAAGAAUUUGAUGAGUUGGACCAGGAGAAUGAUGAAGGCUGGGCAGGAGCCCAUGAAGAAGUAGACUACACUGAGAAACUAAAAUUCAGUGAUGAAGAAGAUGGGAAAGACUCUGAUGAAGAAACCACUGAGAACCGCAAUGAUGAGGCUUCUGGCCCUGAAAGCCAGUCAUCAGGCACAGAUACGAAGAAGGCUGGAACUCCAAAAGAGGAUCAUCCUCUAGUGAAAACAGCCUGGGCUGAAAACUCAUAUCCUCCAGAGGGUGCCAAAGAGCUGCCAGCAACAUCUGCACCUGCAGUCCGGCCGCCGCCACCGCCGCCACCUCCACCCAACCGGGGCAACUGGGGACAGCCCAAUGAUUUCCCGGAUCGGCCAAUGCGACCGCUUCCCCCAGAGGAUGAGGAUGAAGCUUGGCGUCAACGCCGAAAGCAGUCCUCCUCAGAGAUCUCUGCUGCAGUGGAGCGUGCUCGGCGUCGGCGGGAAGAAGAGGAGCGGCGCAUGCAGGAGGAGCGCCGAGCUGCCUGUGCAGAGAAACUCAAGCGGCUGGAUGAGAAGUUUGGUGCUCCAGACAAGCGACUGAAGCCAGAACCUCCCAAGGAGCCACCUGCUCCUCCUCCAGCUCCCACUCCAGUGCCCUCCACCCCCCCUGCUCCUCCACCACCCCCAGAGGAAAAGAGAGAGAAAGAGGACCCUGUUCCACCAACCAAAAGUCGAAAUAGCGUUAGCGGCAGCAGUGGAAGCAGCUUGGACUCAGCCAGUCCCGUUGAGCCACCCCUGCCUCCUCCACCCAAGGAAGUACCUGAAGCGAGGGAAGAGCCACCGGCUGUGCUUGGGCCUGCUGUUCCGGCCGCUCCCAUCCCUGCCAAGGUGGAGCCCAAAGGGGAGAUGGUUCUCCAGGCACGCCAGCCACCUCCAGCACAGACGCUCGGCUACUCCAAGUACCAGAAGUCCUUGCCUCCGCGGUUCCAGCGGCAGCAGCAGGAGCAGUUGCUAAAGCAGCAGCAGCAGUGGCAGCAGCAGCACAGCCAGGUCCAGCCCCCUCUGGCCGCCUCUUCAGCCCAGCAGCAAACAGCAGGUGCUCCUCUGGCCACUCUGGGCCCCUCGAGCACCGUCCACGCUCAGCCUGGGCCACCAGGGCAGCCGCAGGCGCAGCCGCCGCCCCCAGCCCCCCCUCCAGCACAGCAGGCACCACCCAAAGGCAUGUACCCAGGCGCCAUCGGGCGACCUCCACCAAUGCCGCAGAUGAACUUUGACCCUCGCUGGAUGAUGAUCCCGCCUUACAUGGACCCCCGCAUGAUGCAAGGGCGGCCCCCCAUGGAUUUCUACCCACCAGGGGUCCAUCCCUCUGGUCUUCUGUCCCGUGAGCGAUCGGACAGUGGGGGCUCCAGCUCAGAGCAGUUUGACCGUCACCCUCCCAUCCUUCGAGAGCGGGGCACCCCACCCGUUGAUCCCAAGCUGGCCUGGGCUGGAGAUGUCUUUGCCAACACCCCCGCUAGUGCGGAUGGGCGGCCUCAAGCAGCAUCCCUCCGCCAGGAGGAGGAGGAGAAAGGCUUAAGGAGUGAGACGCCCCCUGUUCGCCUGCGUGAGGCAAUCACCCCACAGCCCUACAUGGGGAACUACCAGGGUUUCUCAGAAAAUGGCAACCCUGCUCCACUGCACCGUUUCCCGGUGGAUGAGGCACCGCGGCCAGGCGCCCCCUGGCAAGCCGGCGUGGCUCUGGCAGCACCAGCGGAGGUGAACAGGAAUGGGCGCCCCGAGCCCCUAAUCCAGCCGUCUCGCAAAAGCGAGGAGGAGCCCCAGCUGCUGCAUCGAGAUCCCCCUGAAGAGCUCAAAUCAGCUGAGCCUCUGGGUAUUCGGUCCGUGGUGGCUAAGAAAGCUCCCCCAGAGCAGCCUAAGGAGGAGCCUCCGGUCAAAGAGGAGGCUCUGCGACGGGUGGAGAAGCCUCCACGGCAGCAGCAUGAGUUCCACAAGCAGCCCCGGCGGGAGUCCAGGACAGAGACACGCUGGGGUCCCCGUCCGGGCAGCAGCAGCAGCCGGAGAACCGAGGAUAUUCCUGGGGACAAGGCCCCUCGCCGAGCUGGGCCUAUCAAGAAGCCACCCCCUGCCAAGGAGGUAAAAGAGGACAGUGAGGAAAUACGUCCCACUGGGAAGGCCAAGGAGGGUGGGGAGCCUGUGAGUAGCAAGCCAGAACCCCCAAAGGAGCCUCCUAAGCCUGGCAAGGAGAAUAAGGCCAAGCCGGUGGUAAACGGCGGACCUGUCAUGCCACCCAGGGAGCAGCAGGGCCCGCUCUCACCCAGUCGGCGGCGCCGAGAGGGCCCCUACGAGCGUGGGGGCUACACUGGCCGUGGCCGGGCCCGGGGCCGCGGAGAGUACUUUGCCCGGGGACGGGGCUUCCGUGGUGCCUACAGUGGCCGUGGCCGAGGCGGCCGAGGCAGGAGUCGGGAGUUCCGCAGCUACCGUGAGCCUUUCUACCGGCUGGACGAUGGGACUGGAAAAGCUGCUGGGCCAGGCUCCAGCUUCCGACCGCGCAACACCAGCGAAACACGUAGUGAAGGCUCAGAGUACGAAGAAAUCCCAAAAAGGCGCCGGCAGCGAGGUUCAGAAACAGGAAGUGAAACCCACGAGAGUGCCAGCGAUGUGGCCCAUUCAGACAAGGAGGUGACCAAAGAACCCACCCCCAGCCAGCGCAGCCGGGGUGGCCCAGUGACGGCGCCAUCUGGUCCUUCUUGCCACCAGCCUGGCUUGCCUCGCCUUGCUGACAAAAUGCCCCCGCGCCUCUCAGAUCCUGGCACCCGUGGCGGACGUGUCUUCACACCGCGUGGUGUCCCUUCACGCCGGGGCCGAGGAGGCAGCCGUGCACCACCGGGGGGAUGGAGCCCCCCGUCCAAGCCCCAACCAAACAGGAAACCUGAGAAGCAACAAGAGGCAGUUCUGGAGUCUUCUGGGAAAGAGAAGGUCGCCACAGGACCUCCAGCCGUGACCUUGGAAGAUCCCAGUGGCUUCCAAGCCCCUCCCAAACAGCAGACACUUGGCCCCGGCUCAGAGCGUGCCUUUGACCGGCCACCCCGGCGGCGGCGCCAUGGACGUUCUCAGCAGCAGGACAAGCCGCCCCGAUUCCGGAGGCUGAAGCAGGAGCGCGAGAAUGCAGCCCGGCUCAACGGUGAGCAGCGGGCAGGUCAGCCCUUCUCCCCAGCACCGACAGCCCCUCUCCCGGAGGAGUCAGCUGCCCGGCGUGUGGCAGGCACCAAGUCUCCAGACUUGUCCAACCAGAACUCAGACCAGGCAAAUGAGGAGUGGGAGACUGCUUCAGAAAGCAGCGACUUCACUGAGCGCCGGGGGGGUGGCGAGAAGGAGCCAGCGCCCGGGGGGCCUCCCCCCACCGCCUUCCUGAAAGGCGGAUGUUCUGGCACACCCUCUGUGGGGGGGCGGCCCUCCAGCAACGAGCUCAGCUUGGCCCAGCGGAAAGAGAUGUCCAAGCGCAGCUUCUCCAGCCAGCGGCCUGGCAUGGACCGACAGAACCGGCGAUCCAACCCUGGGCCAGGGGGUGGAGGCAAAACCGGCCGCGGAGGGAGUGGCAGUGGGCGCAGCGGAGGCGACAAGAGGAGCUGGCCCUCACCCAAGAACCGCAGCCGGACCACAGAUGAUCAUUCACCAGGCUUGAGCCUGCCUCCGGCCCCCACCACCAGCACGGUGUAUCGUUUGGACCGUGUCAUCCACAGUGACCCAGCUGGCAUCCAGCAAGCCCUGGCUGAACUGGGCAGCCGUCACACCAAACCAGCCUCCCCUGGGCCAGCCCAGCCACCCUUCCUGGGGCCUGCAGCCAGCAGCCCCACUGCCCUUCCACUGGGACGCUUCGAGAAUAGAAGCAGCAGCAGCACAGACUCCUGCUUCCUGGAGAAGAACCAGCUACUCCACUCCAACAGCAGCGCCCCUCUGAAGGAGCCUGGGGCCAUGGGCAGCUUUGCUGCAAAGCGCCGGGAGCGGCCACGCAAGCAGGACCUCCUACAGCAGGAACCUCUAGCCUUCCCCAGUGGCCCAGGCUUCUCAGCCCCCAAAGAGGAGACCCCAGGGGAGCCUCGCAGCAGGAGUGUCCCAGUCACUGAGGGGCUAGCCCCACAGAUCUGGAACCAGCUGAAUUCUAACGCCUCUCGAAAGAGCUUCCGCCCUGCCUCUGUGGAGCCCUGGAUUGACCCACUCAACGCCUUCGAGGAAGUUGCCAGCACAGAGAUGAGCCUGUCUGACAGCGGCGUAGACCUCAGCAGCGACUCGCAGGUCUCCUCGGCCACAUGCAGCCAGCGCAGCUCUCCCGACGGGGGUCUAAAGGCCACGCCGGAUGCCGGCACCAAGCGCAGCGGCACCAUUGGCAAAGGCGGUGAGGACACGGCAGCCACUGGACCUGAAGGGGCGGAGCCGAAAGAACAGAAGCGGCGGCCACCCCCAGCCAGGGAUGGCAAGCCACUCAAGGACAAAAAAGUGAGCAGCUCCCCUGAGCCUUCCCCCCGAGACCACCCUCCACCGGGUGCGAUUGGCACAGAGCGUUCCCAACGAGCAGAGAAGGCAAAAGACAGCACCGAGGGGCUGGGGGCGACGAAGAAUGAGCCAGGCCCCCCACGCGAGGGCCCGGGGGCCUGCCCACCCAUCCAGUUUGGAGCCAGCGAGAAGGAUGCUGACCUUCGCUUUGUGGUGAAUGAAGGUCCAAAAGAGGACAAGGAGGAGCUGCACCAAGCACUUGCUGAAGGGCUGGCCUCUGCGCCCAGGGAGUGGGAGCUGCUCCCCCCUGCCCCUGCCAGCAGCAGAGCUUCCCCCGAGGUGCCUCCUGGUCGGUCCUGUGAGCCCAGACCUUUCCCUGCGGCCCCUGCUGCUGCUGCUGCUGCAGUCACCUCCUGCAUCCACAGCCUUCCAGCAGACACAUCUGUGUUCUCAGGUGAGAGGGGCCAGGGCCAGCGCCUGUACCCAGAGCUGUUUUAUGGGAACCAGGUCCCCACUGCCCAGCUCGAAUCUCAGCUUCACAGCGCGAGUGGGGGGAGUGGCUACCGGCCCAGCACCCCCUCUCUGCACACGUACAGGUCCCAGCCGCUGUACCUGCAGCCCAGCCCGGCCCCCGCCUCUCCAGCCCAGACGGCAUCAGGGGCAGUGCUGCCCAGCUCAGCCUUGCUCUCAGGGGUGGCCCUGAAGGGGCAGUACGUGGAGAUAUCAGCCCUGCAGGCGGCUGAGCUUCCCAAGCUCCCAGCAACAGGCUUGCUGUACCAGGCGCCCCCUCCUUCCUUCAUCUACAGCUCUGCCUUCUGCAGCAGCCAACUGGCUCCCGAGCAAGCCCUGCUUCAGGUGCGCCAAGAACUUGCCUCCCCCUCUGAGUUCUACCCAGCCACCCUGGGCCAAGGGGGCCAGAACAACUUCCUGACUGCCACCGGCCCUGCCCAGCAGGUGCUUUUGCCGGUGGUGGAGCCGCCCCAGCUGCCACCCGUGGUGAACUUCGGCUCCUUGCAGCAAGCACCCCCUACUGCCCCUGCACCGCCGCCGCCACCUCCCCCGAUGCCCCUGGUGCCCGUAGCCACCCAGGCCCUGCGGCCACCGGGACAGCUGGCCGGGCGCCUUGUGGCUCCAGCUGUGCGAGCCUUCCCUCAUGGCGGAGCAGGCCGUAGCGAGCUCCAUACUCUAGAAAUGAAGCCACUACAAGAUUACCGAAAACUCAGUGGUCUGGGGUCUGCAGGGUCUCGACCCCCUUCUGGGGGCAGGCCUUUCGCUGGAGGCUUCAAUGCCAGGCUGAAAUCCCCCGGGUCUGGCUAUGGUGGCAUCUUCCGUGCCCAACGCUUUGAGGUCUACCAGCAGUCAGACGUCCUUCGCUGGAACCCGCCCCGCCCCUGGGAGCGAGCAGCUCAGCCACGUGAUGGAGCUCCAGCCCGCCGCCUCGAGGCAGAGGCCCGCUCCCACACUGACAAACAAGACCCCAGGCUCUCCGGCCACCACUAGCCCAGGACGCGCAUCCCUCCACUCUUGAUUCUGUUAGCCCUCCUCCCCAGAAUUGUGGGAGGGGUCUGGAAGGGGCUCAUUCUUCUUUCCCCUUGGUAUAUCCUGAAUAUGGGGUGUCUUCUCAGCUCCUUUUCUGUUUGUGGGGGGUGACACUGGAAUUUGCCCCCUCAGUUAGGGGUGUUAGACACUUAGUGAGGUGCUCAGAGUGUAAUUUGGGGGGGCAAGGAUCAGGAUUUUGGGAGGCUCCCAGCUGAAUGUAUUUUUGCUUAUUUCCUUUGGGUUUCACCUGAGUUUAUUUUUCUGGCAGGGGCUGUGUUGCCCUGCCUAUCUGAGGGGGGAGCAGCUCUAAGGUGUGGAGUGUAAAUAUAUAUAAAUAUGAAUUUGUGCGGUCUCACCUCUUCCCUCUUCUAUUUAUGGGGGUGGGGGGAGGUGACCCUGGGAGCCCGCCUCCUCUCCUGUCUAUUUGCUCCCCUAAGUUUGAAAUAGGAAGAGCUGAGUUUUUAAAAAGGUGGUCGAGCUGGUUUGUUUAAUAAAUAAAAACCAAAAAAAUUGUUUAAAAAAACCAAUAAAAUCAAAAGUCAAA